AUGGGUGCAAAGCUCCUUGGACCAGGGGCGGAGGGCGAUGGCCUGCCCGCGCGCAGCAAGCGGCGCAACGACGCCGCCACCGCCGCGGCCGGCCGCGCCGCGCGCAAGGUGCAGGAGGUGUCGCGGCUGGACCUGGAGGACUUCGCGUUCAACAGCUCCCAGCAGCUUCAGAGCGGCUGCCACCACGACAGGGCCCGAGGCGUCGACGGCGAGGACGGCGGCGCGCCGAGCGAACCCGAGGCGGGAGGUGACGGCGACCGCGGCUUCGAGUUCCGGCCGCCGAAGCGGCGGCGCGAUUCGCAGCUGCUGCAGCGGCUACAGAAGCAGCGGCAGGUAGAGGCAGCGGUGGCGGGCCGCGGGGGCCAGGAGAAAGGGGAGGGCGGAGACGAGGAGAUGGAGAACGAGCAGCAGGAGGAGCAACUGGCUCGCCAGCAGCAGCAGCAGCAGCAGCAGCAGCAGCAGCAGCAGCAGCAGCAGCAGCAGCAGCUGCAGCAGCAGCAGCGGCUGCAGCUUGAAGAGGACGGGGACGGCGGUCAGGAAGUGCAGAAGGCAGAGCAGCAUGCAGAGCCCCAUGAACUGCGGGGCAACACAGACAUGGAAUCUGGAGAGGCAGCGGCACUGCCCAUGCCGGGCGCCGCGACACAGCUGGCGGCGGAGGCGCUUUGGGAGCUGCCGCACAGCCUCGGCAGAGGCGGCGGGGGCCCGGCGGCGGAAGCCGAGGGGUCGGGCGGCCACGCGCUUUCUGACAUCAGCAAUGCAUCCCGGGUGGCAGCUGCGGGGGGCGGCCGCGACCGGCGGCGCGCCGCCCAGUGGGAUUGCGACGCGCCAAGGGCGCCGUGGGAAUUCUCGUUUGCCAGCCCAGCACCGCAGGCGGCUGUCCCGGGGUCGGCGCCCUGGCUGGUGAGCGGCGGGGCCGGCGGCAAGCGGCGCGCGGUAACACCAGGCGCUGGGCAAGUGAAGGCCGGGGCCGCCGCCACCGCCGCACCGCAGCAGCAGGAGCAGCAGCAGCAGUGGCAGCAGCAGCAGCUGCAGCAGCAGGCGGCAGGGCUCGCUGGGGUGCUCGCAGCGCCCUCAGCGCCGCCUGCCGCGCGUGACGGCGAGGCCGACGUGCCGCCGCCCUCCGAGCGCACCCGGCGCUCGCCGCCGCUGCCGCCAGGGGCCCUCGGAGGCUCGCUGCCCACCCCCAAGCCCAUGGCGGCGGCCGCGACCCCAACCACCGAGGCGGCAGCUGGUGCAAGCGCGGGCCGGGCGCGGCGGCCGUCGGGGGUGGUCACGCCGAUGGGCGGCGCCGCGCCCGGCGCCGGCGCGGCGAGGGCGUUUUCGGGGGCUCUCCAGCAUGACCCCCGGUCGGCAGGGCUGACCGCGGCUGCGGCGCUCAGCUCGCUGCGCAAGUCGGGCAGCAGGCGGUCUGUAGGCGCCAGCGGCCUGUGCCGCGGCGGCGGGGGCGGCGGUGCGACGGGGGCGCGGGGCGGGCGCCGCAGUUCGACCCCAACCAGCGGCCUGCGGCCGGGCUGGGGCGCAGGUGCAGGCGGCGCUGCGCCGGCAGCUGGUAAUGAGGAGCGUCCUGGCGCUGCAUCGGAUCAGAAGAGCUCACACCCGGCGGGCUCGGCGGGGAGGGGCCGCGACAGCGGGGCAUUCAGCUUUGGGGUGGGGCCAGGCGGCGGCGGCGGCGGCGGCGAUGAACAGGGCGGGGGCACGCCCGCGUUUUCUGGGUCCCAGCAUGAGCGAGAGCAGCGGCAGCAGGCGGAGGGGCGGGCAGGGGCGACGCCCGGCGGGCGGGGCGGCCGCGGGCGGGGCGCGACGCCGACGCUGCUUUUUGCCGGCGACGCGCCGGGCGGCGGCGGCGGCGGGGCGCUGCAGGCAGCUGCGGGGGCGGUUGAGGCUGGGGCCCGGGGGCAGCGGCUCGGGGUUGAGCAAGGCGCAGCCCAGCAGGUUUCCACAACCCUCCUGUCCCUGCCACCCCUGCCAGGCGGCUCGCGCUGCUUCCCCGUGCCCGGCCGAGCAGGUGGCGUCCCCAAUGCUCCGUCGCCAGCGCCCGCAGCAGCGGCGGCGGCCGGCAAUGACGGGCCGGCAAACGGCCCGGCAGCCGCUCGCGCGGCGCCCGGCGCCGCCAGCCCCGCCCCGCGCAGCGGCGGGAAGCGCUGCUGCAGCUCUAGAGCUGGCGCUGAGGCGGAGGCGACGGCGGCUGCUGCGACGCCGCCGACGUUGCGGCGCUCGCCGCGGCUCCUAGCUUCCCCCGGGCCUGGGGCCACCUCAGGUGCCGCGUCGCCGGCGGCCGGGCGACGCCUGACGUUGGGGGUGGCCACGGCAUCAUUGACAGAGCAGCAGCAGCAGCAGCAGGAGCAGCAGCAGCAGCAGCAGCAGCGGCAGGAGGCGCAGUACAGAGUGGAGGAGUGGCAACGGGAGCGAGAGGACUGGCGUCCUUCGAGCCGGCCCGAGGGCCCAUCUGGCCUGCCGCCCGCAGCCGGCCGCACCCCCAGCCGAGCGGAAGCUGACGAGGCAGUGGCAAAUGCGGCUGGCGUGGCAAUGGAGUGCGACGAGGAGUUGCGUGGAGGUCGGGUCAAGCACAGGGCCCACCAGAGCGAUCUGGUCAGCAGCAAGGGAGUGGUGGACGCUGAAGCAGCAGCAGCAGCACCGGGAGCAGCGGCAGCAGCAGGGGUCAGGGACGAUGCGGCGGGCCCCUCGGAGUGUGAGCGGUCUCCUGACGGCGCCAAACGCGAGGCGCUGGCGCAGGCACCGCCCCCUCGGACAGGGCGGGCGCGGCGGGGCGCGGGCGGCGGUGGCGACAGCGGUGCUGGCGAGAGGACUGGGCAGGCGCAGGGGAGGGCGGCAGCAAGGGGUGGGGCCGCGCAGCGGCGGGAGCCCGGGCAUAAGCAGGGGCGAGACAGAGGCCGCGGUGCCCCUGCAAAGCAGCAGCAGCAGGAGGAGCAGCAGCAGCAGGAGGAGCGGCAGCAGCAGCAGCAGCAGCAGCAGCAGCAGCAGGAGGAGCGGCGGCAGCCAUCAAAGCAGUCCAAGCGGGCGGCCUCAGCGGCCCCGCAGCCUGCUCACACACGGAAUCCCAAGCAGCCGCGCGCCGCCGGGCCCAGCGGCGGCGUCCCGUCCGCGAGGGGGGCGCCCACGUGCGCCGCAGCAGGCGCCGGCGGUGCGGUCGGCGCGCGGCGCGGGCGCGCGCCGCCGAUGCUGAUCUGCUGCACGUCUGUGGACCCGUCUGUCCAGGAGCUGGCGCGCGCAACGGCGCGGCGGCUGCCGGGCGGGGCGCGCGUGUGCGCCGAGGUGCGGGGCCCGGGGCGCUUUGGGCUGUCAGUGCUUCCCUACUGCGG